CAGAACCCUCAAACCUCUCAUGAUCACUUCACUCGCUCGCUCCCCUUACGCUUGCUUUGAUCUCUUAGAGUCACCGUCUCUUUCACCUUACAUCAUCAACUCACUGCAAAUUUCGCCUUGAGAUUUGUGAUGUUUUCUUUUUUCUCUUGGAUCGAUCUUGCCGUAAUAUCUGAUUGGAAACCCAGCCAGGUUGCUUCGAUCUGAAGGCGAUCCUAUCUAUUGCUACUCCUUGAAAAUGAACGUUGUGGAUAAAGAGGGCGUGAUACACGACAGAUGCCCCGCCGCCGGGUAUCCGAGGCAGCGAUGGGCGACGGCUUGGGACGACGGUCCGGGAGGCCAAGUCAAGCACAUAAAUAUAUACCACGGAGAAAUCAUACACUCCAUCCAAACCACUUAUCAACGGAACGGGACCCUCGUCAUGUCCCGUAAACACGGUGGAGCUGAAGACAACUUCACUAUGAUCAAUUUCAGUGAACCUCUUACCUGUGUCAGCGGUCACUACGGCCCCUUCUGUUUUGAUAAUGAGGCGGCAAUAUUCAACCGUGAAGACGAGGAUGAGUAUCUGCUCCGCGUGAUCAACUCGCUCAAGUUUAGUACUGCUCGAAACACCUACGGGCCAUUUGGUACAGAGAGGGGCACGCCUUUUUCUUUCCAAACUGUAACAGAAAUUACUGGGUUCCACGGGAUCCGCCCGAGUUCAGUUAAUGUGGGUCAUCUGCAUGCGAUCGGGGUUUACGUUCGCUGCCCUGCAACACAAUAUAUCGAUGAUCCUGCAACGCAGGUCGUCGUGAAAUAUGAAAAAACUUAGAAUGCCCAGGUAAAACAAGCUGUAGUAGAGUGAGUUUAUGCCUCUGAUUUUUUCUUUUUCUUUUUUUUUUGUUGUGUUGGAUUUCGUGGGUCUUGGUGUGUACGUAUUUGCCUACUUGGUAGUGGGAUGUACUUGGGAGUAGGUUAAGUAGUUUUUUCCCCCUUGACUGUGGUGGAUGAUUGUAAAAUCCAAGGAGGAACUGGCUUUAUGGAUCAAUGGUAAUGCAUUAUCUAGUUUUCAAAUAAAAGUCUUAAGGCAUCAA